UUGUUUCGAAAUAUUUAAAUAUUUUAACUUUUCCAAUAUGGCUGGUAAUGAGGCUGGACAUGGUGCUAUUGUCAGAAAUAGAGAUUUGAUUGAUGUGUGGAAGCACCGAGAGGAUAUAGAAAACAAAAUAAAUAAUGAUUCUGAAGAAAACACAUCUUCGGAUGAGGAACAAGAACCUCCUUGUCGCUCAGUUGGACGGCCACGGGUGCCAUUUGAACAGGCAUCCAAGAAAACAAAACGAAGACGUGUAGCCGAACUAACCACAGACAGAUCUGCAAAUGAACUUCAAUUUGCUGUAAAUGUCGUUUCUGGAAGAAAUUACAGUGAGGUCUCGCCACAAAUUUUUAGUUUUAGUACAGCUGAAGCUUUAGCCCUUAUGGUAGAUUUGGAUAUAUCCGUAAGAAAGUAUUUGCUACUUAGGUCUGUUAUUAAUGGUAAGGCCCAGAACUGCCUUCCUAGUUAUAAAGGAUUACAGAAAACAAAAAAUGCUUUCCUCCCUUCAUAA